AUGUGUAGCCUCGCCGGCGCCGCCAUCCAGCUGCUGCUGCUGCAGCUCGCGACGACGGCCGGAACCACGUGGACGGCGGUUGCUGCGGCGAACAUGGCCGGCUGCGAGAGCAAGUGCGGCGACGUGGAGGUGCCCUACCCGUUCGGCUUCGGCACCAGCAACGGCUGCCAUCGGGCGGGCUUCGAGGUCACCUGCGACCGCGCGUACCGCCCACCGAAGCUCUCCCUGGGCAGCGGCGGCGGGGGUCCGGAGGUGCUGGAGAUAUCGCUGCGGAACAGCACCGUGCGCGUCCGCAGCACGGUGUGGUCCUUCCCUGCCGCCGCCGCCGGCACUACGAGCGACGCGAGGGUCGACGCCCUCCCCGCCGACCUCCGCCAGUCCUCCCAGUACGCGCUCUCCGCCGCGCGGAACAGCCUCGUCCUCGUCGGCUGCGGCUUCCAGUUCCAGGCCACCGCGCCCGCGCGGCAAGGAAACGCGGCCCGCACGUUCACCUCGUGCGCGCCGUCCUGUCCGGGCGCCGCGCAGCGGAAGCUCCGGCACGGGCCGUGCGACGGCGCCGGCUGCUGCGAAGCGCCCAUCCCGACGACGGGCGGCGGCCUCACGUCGUCGUCUUUCGGCGUCCGGUUCUCCUGGCUGCAGGAGAACGCCACGGCUCGGCGGCCGGCGUGGGUGGCGCCCGGCGCGAACGUGUUCAUGGUGGAGCACGAGUGGUGGCGCGACAGGGAGAACGUGGUUCCGGUCAAGCUGUCGCUCCUCUCCGCCGGCGGCAACGCCACUGGGUUCGUCAUCCCGGCCUUCCUGGACUGGGCGCUGAACACGUCGUCGUCAUGCGCGGCGGCGGCGAAGAUGCCCGGCUUUGGCUGCGUCAGCAGAAACAGCGAGUGCCUCAACGCCACGGGCAGCGCCGACGGCUAUUUCUGCCGGUGCAAGGACGGCUACAACGGCAACCCUUACGUGCGAGGUGGCUGCCGGGGAGCUCGAAGGCAUCUCGCAGCUGGCGCAUUUUUGGCUAUGGGGGUUGGCAUUGGUAUGUUCCUUUUGCUUCUGGUUCUUGGUGCCAUCUUUGCAACAAAAAGGCUCAAGAUUCAUAAAGCCAGGAAAAUGAGGCAGAAAUUCUUCAGGCAAAACCGCGGGUUGCUGCUUCAGCAACUGGUUGAUAAAGACAUCGCCCAAGGGAUGAUCUUCAGCUUGGAGGAGCUUGAGAAGGCAACAAAUAAGUUUGAUGAGUCGCGCAUCCUCGGCGGCGGAGGGCAUGGCACGGUCUAUAAAGGCAUACUCUCCAAUCAACGUGUCGUUGCCAUUAAAAAGUCAAGACUUGUGAUUCAAAAGGAGAUUGAAGAAUUCAUCAAUGAAGUUGCCAUCCUCUCGCAAAUAAACCACAGAAAUGUAGUGAAGCUUUUCGGAUGUUGUCUUGAGACAGAAGUUCCGUUGUUGGUCUAUGAGUUCAUUCCAAAUGGGACACUUUAUGCCCACCUUCAUGUCGACAGCCCUGAUCAAAACCCAUUGGCAUGGAAAGAUCGGCUGCGUAUCGCCUCUGAAAUUGCUAGUUCUCUGGCCUAUCUUCACGCAGCCGCUUCAACGUCAGUGGUGCACAGGGACAUCAAGACAUCCAACAUACUGCUUGACGAUCGGUUGACGGCGAAAGUGUCGGACUUUGGUGCCUCUAGAGGCAUCGAAAUCGAUCAAUCAGGAGUGACGGCUAGCAUACAAGGAACAUUUGGAUAUAUGGAUCCUGAGUACUACUACACAAGGCGAUUGACUGACAAAAGUGAUGUCUACAGCUACGGUGUCAUGCUUGUUGAACUUCUAACAAGAAAGAAGCCGAUCGUGUACAUUUCGCCUAAUGAUGUCGGUCUCGUGGAACACUUUGUCACGUUACUGAAUCAAGGCAAGGUCAGUGAGAUACUAGAAGAGCAGGUCAUCCAAGAAGGAGAAGAGGAAGGCAAACAAGUGGCGGAAAUCGCAGCAAUGUGCUUGAGGACGAAGGGAGAAGACAGGCCUAGUAUGCGGUACGUGGAGAUGAGACUUCAAGGACUGCAGUGUCGUCCGGAGAUCGACAUUUCAUUAGUUGAAGAGGACCAGCUGAAUGAACUAAACGGCCUAACAAUUCGAGGAGGAAACAACGGUAAUGCUGGGGACAACUAUUGCAGUAGACAUUACAGCAUCGAGGAGGAGAUCUUGUUGUCUGCGAGCUUGGAGCGCUAA